GAAACCAAAUAACAACAACAAAAGCGCAAAUAUUAACAGCGAAACAACGGGACAAUUCAGCAAUCAGUGAAAAUCGAAGAAAACGUGAUAAAUAGUGAAAUUAUUGAAGGAAACCGAAACUGUCGUCAGCGCGAAUUGUGCCGAGUGCAAACUGAAAACAUUUGAAAAAGGCGACGAAAUUAAAAAGACAUAACACCAAAUGCAACAUUUACCGCGGAAAUCGCGCGAAAGACAUUUGCACAAAGCAAUCGCGGUGCUAUUGCACUCCAGUUUUGUUAUAAAUAAAUGUGAGAGUGUGUGCGUGUGUGAGUUGCAUAUCUGCAAAUCACUUCUGCCUGUCUGCUGAUUGUCCGUUGUGAAUGGCACUUUGAUUGAGUGAAUGCGACACGAUAUCACUCACCAACCACCAAAUUAUUGUCCGCUCACAUAACAACAACAUAUAAACUUGUUGAAGGUGAAUACGAAGAAAAAUUCCAUAAACAAGUAGACAGCCUCAAGUAUUUUCAGAUUUAAUAAAAAAAAUAUGUGGAAUUAAAAAAAAAUAGUUUGAGCCAUUUUAUUUCAAUAAAUGUUGUAAUAAAAGCUGAACAGCACAGGAAAAAAAGCUGUGAGUAGUGCCGAUAUCAACGAGUUGUGUUCUGAGUGAAAUAUUGCUAACAUUUUUCAUUAAGUUGCAUAAGUGUUUGCGCCAGAGAAAGCUACGUUAAACAGUGUUAAAAAAUCCAAACAAAAUAUGAAUAAAUUCUGUUUAAUUCCAAAUGAUCGAGUUCAAAACGUAAUUAGUGGUGACUGAGAGAAUCAGAGGUCGGUAACUAUUUUUCAAUUGGUAGUAUAUGGAUCGCUGCUAUUACUAUACUACUAAAUGCUAAAAGAGGCGAAAGAAAGCAUUGAUAAACGCUGAAAGUCGAACUUGCAGCGUGCACAAGCAAUGCUGAGUUAAUAAAACCACAACAACAAGACAAUAACUCCAACUGCAGCUGAGCAAAUAACGAAACGUGCAUAACUCAAAGCGACAACAACAAAAACACCACAAGAGUGGGCAAGUCAGUGGAAAUAAUCGAAAAUCUGACACCUCCGGAACUGCGGAGAAAAAUAAGCAGAAAUAAAUUAAAAUCAAAACAAAAUUAUUCAUAAGAAACCACGCGCCAAAGAGGAAGGGAAAUUAUAACCAAAACAAGACACCCAACAACAACAAACAAGUGAGUCUUUUAUCAACUUUGCAUGAAUGCGAAGAAACGAUAAAAAUACAGUUGAUUGAUUCUGAACGAAAAAUAUCCAUAUCAAUUUGUGGAAUUCAUGUGAGCUUUGCACGCGCGUGAUUUUUACGAUGUUGCACAUACUUGCGCUGGAAAACGAGCAACGCAUUUGAAGCCAAAAAUAUAAAAUCAGAAAAGGCGGAAAUCUAAAAAGAAUUUAUUAAGAAAAUCUAUUAUCGCCACAUACACACACACACACAUACACACACUCGCACAGUGCUGAAAACUAUUUUCAGCUGAACUUGAAAUGCCUACAGAAUGUGAGCGCACGAUCGCCAACACGAGCCAGAACGUGCAACAGACGCAGCCACAGCCACAGAGAGAAGAGCAGCAGCAGCAGCAGCAACAACAAGAGUACGCACAAUUGCAAGGAGAUCAUUUGCAAGCAGAAGCAGAGGAAGAAGAAGCGGCAGCACAGCUUGAGUUUUAUGACGACAUGGAGGGCAAAGAGCUAAAUGGCGGCAAGAUGUCCAUCUCCCAGACAUCAACGACGUCCGCAGCGAACGGCCACAGCGGCAGCAAUCAGGCGAAUGGUGUUGGCAAGAAAACGUCCAUAAUAUCGCCGGAUCCCACUUCAUAUGUGACCAAGGCGCGCGUCACACGUCCCACACCGCCGCCACCGUCCUACAACCCGAUGCAAUUUGUACAGAUCAAACCAUGCAAUCUCUACCAAACCGCACAGGAGCAGCUCAAGAAGGCUGAAGAAGUGAAAAAGAUCAAGGAGAUUAAAAAAGAAGAACCCGAGGAUUGGCAAAACAAUUUGGACAAUUGGAAAUCGUCGCGUAGAAAACGUGUCGAACACAUCAUCGAUCGAGUUGUGGAAGUGAAAAAACUCGAAUUGGAAGAACACGACCGGACGCGAAGAAAAUCGAAGACAUUCUCCGAAAUGAUCGAAGAAAGAGGUGAACGUGGUGGACGCGGUCGCGCAAAAUUGGCCUCGUUAGCCGUUUACAAUGAAGACGAAUCGAACGACCUGAGCGACCUUGGCAUUGGCACCAGCAGUGCCAGCGGCAAGAGCAGCCAAUCGGAGGAUUACGACAACAACAGUGUACUGAGUGACAACGCCGAACUCGACAAAGCCAUAUUUGAGAACAACCAAAAACCUAGUGGCAUCCCCGCGCGUGAAUACAUCUCCUCCCCAGGCUACGAUACCUCCUCCAGCACCGCGCCCGGCAGUUCUCCCGAUCCAUGCGAAUACACUUAUGAGGGCGCCAUUCAAGACUAUAAGCAACGCGUCUCGCGCGCCAGCGGCGGCAGUGCUUUAGCCAAUUUCAAGCUCAAUAAUGCCAACACAAAUCCCACGUUAAUUUCCAAAAACAACUCCUCGAAAGAAAAUACCCCAGACUGCAGCAAUACAGUACCGAACGAUACUUAUCCCACACGACGCGGCAGUAAAAUUGAGGAUCGCCUAAUCGGCUUCGAAGUUACUUCGCCCAGUGAUAGUCAAGAGGGUUUGGAGAAGAAAGUGGAUGUACCAAAAAUCGAUAUUUCGAAGCGUAAAGAGAUUUUCGAGAAUCAAAAUGCCUAUUCAGAACCAAAGUCGCUGGUGGGUAAUGGUGGCGCUGGCAGCGUAGCUGUGCCACGCGUUACACUGCGCGAUCGCUUCAAGUUGGACGAAAGUGUGUCUAAUAAUAAUGCCGAAGUACACGACUCCACAUUGAAGCGUGAAGUUAAACGCCUAUCAGGCGACAUCACGAGCAUACGAUCGCGUAUGCAAAGCUUAGAGCAACAACAAAAUUUAGUCAAUUCAACGAAUGGCGGCAGCGCCGGUAAGGUACCCAGCGCAAAGUUAGUCGAUAUACCAGUGCCACCAUUGAAGGAUCGUCUGUCUAGUUUACAGAAUGCCGUAACCAAAGAAGAAGUGAAAAAGGCGCCGGUAGCACUUGUCGACGCCCGCCAACUGGAGAUAAUGAAGAACGAGGAGGAAGAGCGUCGCAUGAAACUUAUUGAGAAUGAGAAGAAAGCCGUGCUGGAGGUAAGCAUUAAGGAGGAGGAAGAAGUAGGUGCGCCCGUAUCCCAACCUACGAUGCCACACCAAGUUGUGGUUAAAGUCGAUGCGCCCGAGGAGGAUGUCGAUCGUGACGACAGCGGUAUUCACACCGCCGAUGGCGAAAUCGAAGCCACGGAAAUCUCCGAGCAGGAAGAACAACUAAAUGCGGCUAUUGCAGCGCUGGCACUGGAAGAACAGCAACUAACCGAAGCAGCUAAUGCAGUGAACCAAAUAGAAGCGGAGUUUGCCGAACUGUCCACCAGCGCAGUGAACGCCAUCGCCAGCAGCCUGAACACAGUGUCCACCACAAAAACAACUAACGAACAGCCAUGCGAAAUGGAAUUUAGUAUCAACGAAGCUCUUGAAUUGGCGCUGGAAGCAAUUGACAAAGAGACCACAUUCACCUUAAAUGAUGCAGCAACAAUAAAAACGACAACCAAAUCAUCCAACACCAAUGCAAGUAACCGUACAAUAACAACAACAAAACAAGCAACAACAAUAGCGACGGCCACAAUGUCCACAAUGAAUGUAGAAACAACAAUAACAAACAACAACAGCAACAACAAUAAUAAUGAGGGAUUACUAUGUGCAAAGGAUACUUCGAACAAAACCGACGAAGAGAAGGAACGCAAAAGUAAGCAGCAGCAACAACAACAACGUUUUGAUGCAAAUACAAAUGCUAUGAACACUGACAAUGACGAUGAUAAUAACGAUAAUGACGUAAGUGAUGAUGUUGACGGCAGAACGGAGGAGUUGCGCGAGGCGCUCAUCUCGCAAGAACCCAUUUACGAGAAUAUCUCGGCAGCAUCUACGCGACAAGUAGAUGUUGAAGCGAAGCGAAACAUUGCAGCGAGCAUGUUGAAUGACAACAACAACAUAAGCAAUAAUAAUAUUCACAAGCAAAUGAAUCAAAUAAAUAACAACAAUAGUAGUAAUAACGAAUUUCAGAAUUCGUUUGCCAAUAAUUCGCUAAGUAAUGUAUUGACUAACAACAGCAAUAACAAUAGCAGCGGUAGCUUUAGCGCUAGCGAUAGCAACAACAAAAGAAAUCUUGACAAUACUUUUAUUGAAAUAACCAACGCUUACGCUAAUGCUACACCUAUCACAGCAGCCGCCGGCAUAAAAGCAACAACAACAACAGCAAGUUUAAUAGAGGCAGCACCAGGCGAUUCACUCAGAGCCAGUGAAAACGCCAGUGCUGCCGCAACAUCAACACAAAUUGCACCAGCAGACGAUUUUCAAAAUAUCACAACAACAACAGCAGCAACAACACAAGAAACUGAAAUAAACUCACCAACAUCAAACUCUGAAAAUUUUUCCACAAUCAGCAAACCCGCAGCAGUUGAUGCGCAAACCUUGACCAACAACGCAACGACGCUGGUAGAACAUGAACCCUACUAUCAGGUGCCCAAAUCAAGCGAGCCGUACUACGAUGCCCCUAAACAUUUACGCCCUGUGCCGCUUUACGAGAAUAUCGAGGUGUUCUACACUGGCUUGGAGAACUCCACAUUAGCUAGUGGUACUGGAGCCGCACUUACUGGCGGCUUCAAGCUGGAACCGCCGAAAGAGAAGCCACCGCCGCCGCCAGUCGAGAGUCCGCCACCUUUUGACGAUGUGGACAGCAUCGAUAACACAGACACGUGGUCAUCGGAUAACACCUACGAAACAAUUUCAUCGCGUUUGCCUCAUGUCAGCGGUUUGGCUACCGACCAUCCUUCGCCGCCCAUCAAACGCAUGAACUCGACGAAACGCAUCAAAAAAGAGUUGCGCAAUAAACGUUCGAGUUUCUUGGGCAUUGACACCACAAACUUGGAUGAUGAGGAAACUUAUUUGGAACUGACAGUGGCACCGCCACCAGAUAUGGCGCAGCUGUUGCAGGAAGAACGACGUUUGGAAAAACAAUUGUACCUGAAGGCAGGUUUGUGCGAUAGUUCAGACACAGGUGAGAGUCGCGAUUCGGGCGUUUCUGAGAAUCAUUCACGUCAGAGCAGUGAACAUUACACGAACUCAUCGGAGGAGAACGAUCGACAAAUUGAUACACCACCACAUAGCCUCAAAACCAACGAGCUAAUCUACCAGAAUGAGUCGCUUCUGACGGCCGCACAGACACCACUGUUACAAACAGUAAAGGGCAACUCAGCCGAAUCAUGGACUGAGUCCGCCACUGUUGCUGCUGCCGCCACAAAGUCACUGACAGAGGCCACCGCCACCGCCAAUGCCAAAAUGCUCUCCAUCGAGGAGAAAAUACGGGAACAAGAAGAAGUUCUGCGUGUAGAACGCGAGCUGCUGCAGCUGGAACAGGAAGAGUUGAAGCGCCAGCGCGAGAACUUGAUGCUGCGUGAAAAUAUGGCACGUCGUGAGCUGCAACAUGGCGCCAAAAUGCUAAUGUCCGCCAAUCGGCUUUCACUGCAAGACCUAAAUGGCGUGAGUAUGUCGCUCGCCGGUGGUCUGCCAAUUCCGAAUGGCGGCCCGACUGUAGCCUACCAAACGGCAGUGCCUCAAUAUGCCAUUGCCGCGCAUAAUAUGCAACAAACGACACAGCAACAAUUUGGCACACCACUAUUGGCUGCGCAACCAACACAGCAGAUCUAUGCAAAUGUACCAAAUCUAGAACAGCAGUACUAUCAGGUGGACAUUGACUACCGCAAGUCCAUGUCCGACCUGCAAGAGUUCUCCAAACGGCAUACGCUGCCUCCCAUGCCACCAACAAAACCGAUGCGUGCCAUGCAAGUGGCCACUUCAGCCAAUGCGCUGACCGUCAACGGCACCGAGGACUUUAUGGCAUCGCGGCAUGCCUUGAAUGCUCAGGCUUUCGGUGGCUCGCUGGUGAAAAUAGCCACACCAACAGCGGCACCACGUGGUCACUCGGCCUACCCCAACAAUCAUCAAUACCAACACCAAUCAACACAAAAUCUGAGCAACAGCAGCGGCAGCAACAACAGCAUUAGCGGAGUUCAUACCACAAUGCCAGCCAUACCAAAUGGACACGCCGCAUUACCGGGCAACAUGUCGCGAAACACGCUGCAUGCGCUCAGCGCCACACCUAAACCCAAGUACACGGACGGCUGGGUGCAAGUGCAACAACGCAAAUCAUAUGACACGAAUCUAGCCAAUGAUCCAGCUUGGCUUUCGGCGUACCAGCAAAAACGCAAAUCCAUGCCGGAACCUUAUCACGCCUACAAUAACCACUGGCUCGUGCAAGAAGCCGAACAAAGACGCAUCGCAGAGCAGCACCGACGCGGUGGUUCGACGGCCACAACACCGGUACAUCAACAAAAUGGCAGCGCUGUCUGUGGCAUGAAGUCUUCAACGAGCUCCAACAGCAAUGGCAAACCGCUGCCAGAUUCCAUCAUACAAACGCUAACGGAGCGUGUGCAGAGCAAGGGUAUCGGUGAACGGAAGAGAUUUGACAACUACAACAACCAAAGUGCUGCUUUGGAGAAGAGUCCGCUUCAUGCGGCCUCCACAUACUUCCAGCACCAGCACCAGCACCAACAGCAGCAGCAGCAGAUGUCCCAAUCUGCAACGCCUACACAUCAACGACUUCUCAGCGGCUCGACGCUGACCGCAAUGCCACCACAAGUCAAUGUGAACGCUUCGCCGGCUCAUCAGCACCCACAGCCGCAGCAGCAGCAACAGGACAAAGUGUUGAGUGUCAGUGGCAAGAAGAAGUGUUCACAUUGUGGUGAUGAAUUAGGACGCGGCGCCGCCAUGAUCAUCGAAUCGCUGCUGCUCUUCUACCACAUCAAUUGCUUCAAGUGUUGCGUGUGUCACGUGCAGCUCGGCGACGGCCUGAACGGAACGGAUGUGCGCGUGCGCAACCACAAAUUACACUGCCAAAAUUGUUACUCCAGCGAUGAUGGCAUCAAAUUCAGCUGCGUCUGAGGGCGUCCAGAGGGACUUAGAGGAGAAUGUGAAAGCUGCUUAGCCGAGUAGUGGAAAUCGUGAAUCGUGAGGUUGGUUCAUGCUUGUAGUGAUCAGCUGCCAUCUUUGUGCGGAGUUGUAGAGAAACACAUACAUACACACAUAUAUAAAUAGCCGUUAAUGCAAAAUCCAUAGAGAAUUGGAGCAAAAACUCCACAACCGGCAUGCAAAUCAAAAAACACUGUGUUCAAGCUGGAAUUAUGAAAAAUUAUUGAAUGUGGAAUAAUUAUCAUGUUAAUAUAGACACAUUUUACUGUUAAAAUUUACAAUUUUUAAAAGUAACGAUAUUUUCAAAUUUUACAUUAAAUGAAUUUUACAACAUAUUUAGUAUCAUAAAUGUAUGAAUGUAUUAAAACCUUACGCUAAAUGCUUAUGAAACAAACUGAAAUGAAAACAAAACUGGAAUCUGAAGUAACCAAUUCUACAAUAAUUUGUGUAUAACGCAAUAGAUAUAUACAUAUACAUAUAUACACAAGCAUAUCUAUACAAAUGUGCAGCUAUGAAUUGUUAAGACUUUUGCUAAUACUUUUAUUUCGACUAUCAGAUGUCCAUCGCUGGCAACUGUCAGUAUACAAUACAAAACUAUUAAAUGUUGAAAUCAAAAAAAACUAGUUGAAAAAUUUAACCAAUUAAAACACACAAAUUGAAUACACACACAUACAUAUGUGCGUAUGAAUGCUUACAGCCGUACACACAUACAGCACCGACUGUCAUAGUAAAUAUACACACAGCAUAUUCGUUAAUGUUAAUAAUCGUGCUAAAAGCAACAAAAAAUCUACAAAUUUAAGCAGACAUAUUAUGGCUCUUUAUGGCAAAUCUUUACGCUCUAAAUGAAUGUUGAAUUUGAAAACUUUGAUU